UCAGAGCUUAAUACCCUUCUAUCCUCUCAAAAAUCCCCAAAUUUCUAGCCUACCCAAUCCUCUAAAAAAUCCAUGGCAACAACUUCCUCAAACACCAUGUUUGCUACCUCUUCUAAUCAAAUUCCCAUUUUCGAUGGAGAAUUGUACGAGUACUGGAGUGCCCAAAUGGAGCCAAUUUUCAUCUCUCAAGAUCUGUGGGAUAUAGUCCAAGAUGGCUAUGAAAGUCCGCAGGAAGAUGAUGAAGACUCGAAGAAACGAUCAGGCAAGCAGACAAAGGAGUACAAGGAGAAUGCCAAGCAAAAUGCCAGCGCCUUGAGAAUCAUUCAGCAAGCAGUGAGCAAAUCAAUUUACCCCAGAAUCUAUGGCAUCAAAAAGGCCAAAGAAGCUUGGGAUGUCUUGCGUGAACAAUUUCAAGGUUCUGAAAAGGCAAUCUCUAUCAGGCGCCAAAGUUUAUGGCGACAGUUCGACAACUUGAUGAUGAAGGAAACCGACACCAUCAAAGACUUCCAUUCGCGUGUGGCAGAGACAGUCAACCAAAUCAAAGCCACCGGUGAUGUCAUGGAAGAAAGAAAAAUUGUGGAGAGAAUUCUCCGCAGUUUAUCAUCAAAGUUCGAGCAUAUUGUUGCUGUCAUUGAAGAAACCAAAGAUCUGGCAAAUCUACCAAUGAGCGAGUUGAUGGGCUCACUUGUAGCACACGAGCAAAGAAUGAGCCGCUUCACCAAACCGCCAUUGGAGCAAGCUUUCUCGUCAAAAGUCAACAUGGCGGAAAGUAAAUAUGCCAAAUCGGAGCAAGGCCAGAGAGGGGGAAACUCACAAGGGAGAGGAAGAGGAAGAUCCAAUUACAGAGGAAACAACAGACAAAAUUAUCAACAACAAAGAUCGGGCUACACCGGCUCGAGUUGCAUAAUUUGCAAAAAGGCGGGUCAUGCAACAAAAGACUGCAGAUUCAAGUGCACCAAGUGCAAAAUUCAAAACCACUCCCAGAGAGAUUGCUGGUUCCAGAACAAGCAAGAAGAUGGCGAGUCAAGCGGCACCAAAAAUGAAGAAAGCAAUAUGGUGGCCUUGUCAUGCUUGUAUGGUGAGCAAAAAUCACAGCUUCCCUGGAUGGUGGAUAGUGGUUGCAGUAACCACAUGACUGGAGAUCUGGAGUCCUUCACCGACAUCGAUGACAAAUACCGCUCUCAAGUCAAAUUGGGAGACGGGAAGAAGCUAAAAGUGGAAGGAAAAGGCACAGUUAUUGUAUGCACAGAAGAAGGCAACAAAACUCUCAUUCGAGAUGUUUUGUAUGUUCCGGAGCUAACUCUCAAUCUACUUAGCGUGGGACAACUGAUGCAGAAAAAUUACAAGCUAUUGUUUGAUAAUGGCGUGUGCGAGAUUAUCAACAAAGCAGACAAUUUUAUGGUGGCCAAAGUCCCGAUGACUUCCAACAGAAUUUUCUCUCUUGCUAUGUCACAAAAUGGUGAAGUAGCAUUCAAGAGUGAAAAUCUGGAUCAAUCCUUCCUAUGGCAUCUCAGAUACGGUCAUCUCAACUUCAGAGGCCUCAAAUUGCUGAGGCAUAAAAAUAUGGUGGCGGGACUUCCCCAGAUCAACAGAGAAGAUAAAAUAUGUGAAGGAUGCAUAUAUGGCAAAAUGCAUCGUUUACCAUUUCCAAAGACAUCUUGGAGAGCAAAAGCGCCACUGGAGUUGGUACAUGCAGACAUAUGCGGUCCAACCCGAACACAAUCACUCAGCGGCAAAAGAUACUUUCUACUAUUUGUAGAUGACUUCACCAGAAUGAUGUGGGUAUUCUUUCUGGAGCAAAAGUCAGAAGCUUUUCCCAAGUUCCUUCAAUUCCAAGCAGUAGCUGAGAAGGAAAGCGGCCAUCAAAUCAAAACUCUCCGUACAGAUCGUGGAGGAGAAUUUAUUUAUACUCCGUUCAUGGAGUAUUGCCGCAACAACGGGAUAAAAAGGCAACUGACGGUCCGUUACACACCACAACAAAAUGGCGUGGCAGAACGGAAAAAUCGCACGAUUGUGGAGAUGGCGAGAAGUAUGCUCACAGCAAAGAAGCUUCCCAACAACUUGUGGGCAGAAGCGGUCAAUACAACAAUUUACAUCCUCAACAGAUCACCAACCAAAGCAGUUCGGAACAAGACACCGAUACAUGCGUGGCACCACAGGAGGCCACAGGUGAAUCACCUCAAAGUCUUUGGGUGCGUAGCUUAUGCACAUAUCUCUACCCCAAACCGAGACAAGUUUGACCAGAAGGGUGAGAAGCUAAUUUUUACCGGCUACAGUGAUGAAUCCAAAGGCUAUCGUCUUUACAACCCAGUAAAGAACGAGGUGGUGGUUUCCCGAGAUGUGAUCUUUGAUGAGAUGGCGGAGUGGAAUUGGGAAAAUCCAAUUUCUCAAUCUCCACCAAGUUAUGAAAUUCUGGAGGACUCAGCAACUCCAGAAGACCCCAGCAACGACCCAGAUCCAGUUGCUAGUCCAGAAAGAAAUUCUGCACCUAGCCCAGAAGGAGACAACUUCAGAGACGUCGUAACAGACUCGGAUUCACCUCCAUUGAGAACAAGGUCUUUGCGAGAAAUUUAUGAAACAAGUCAUGUGGCAUAUUUUUCUUGUGAGCCUCAAGUCUUUGAAGAAGCAACCAAAGAUGAAGUUUGGAAUGAGGCGAUGGAUGCAGAAAUUUCCAUGAUCGAGAAAAACAAGACAUGGGAGCUUGUUGAUCAACCGGAGGACAAGCCGGUUAUAGGUCUCAAAUGGAUCUAUAAGAUCAAAUUCAAUGAAGAUGGUACUAUCCAGAAGUACAAAGCUCGACUGGUGGCAAAGGGCUAUUCACAGCAGCCCGGUAUUGAUUUUCACGAGACAUAUGCACCAGUAGCAAGGAUGGAGACCAUCAGAACAGUUCUCGCUCUAGCUGCUCAACUGGAGUUACCAGUAUACCAGUUGGAUGUCAAAUCAGCAUUUCUGAAUGGAGAACUGGAAGAAGAAGUCUAUGUGGAACAACCACGAGGCUAUGAGAAGAAAGGAGAAGAAGACAAAGUCUAUCGUCUCCGAAAGGCUUUAUACGGGCUGAAGCAAGCACCGAGAGCUUGGAAUAGCAGAAUUGAUCGAUAUUUUCAGCAAAACGGAUUUCAAAGAAGUCCGAGUGAAGCAUCUCUCUACAUCAAAAAGGGAGAAGGAAAAGAUUUUCUAAUGGUUUGUUUGUAUGUUGAUGACUUGAUUUACACAGGAACAAGUCAGCGGAUGAUUGAAGAAUUCAAAAGUGCCAUGAUGAAAGAAUUCGAGAUGACGGACUUGGGACUCAUGAAGUAUUUCCUUGGGAUCCAAGUGAAGCAGUCACCUGGAGAAAUAUUUAUUUCACAGGAGAAGUACACCGAAGAUAUGCUGAAAAGAUUUCACAUGGCAACGUGCAAACCAAUCUCAACACCGAUGACGUUAAACGAGAAAUUACAACGCAAUGAUGGAGCUGAAAACGUCGAUGGAAAGCUGUACAGAAGUCUUGUCGGGUCACUCAUUUACCUGACACAUACCAGGCCGGAUAUAUGUCAUUCAGUAAGUCUUAUAUCAAGAUUUAUGAAUGAACCUAGCAAACUUCAUUUUGCAGCAGCCAAAAGAAUUUUGCGGUAUCUUCAAGGUACUAAAAAAUUGGGCCUGACGUACAAGAAAGAAGCAGAAAGCAAGCUGACUGGAUAUACCGAUAGUGACUGGGCAGGAUCACUGGAUGAUCGAAAAAGCACAUCGGGGUACAUAUUCUGUUUGGGUUCAAAACCCAUUUCCUGGAGUUCAAAGAAGCAGAAGACUGUGGCAUUAUCUUCAGCGGAAGCAGAAUAUAUCGCAGCUACUGAUGCAGCAUGCGAAGCGGUAUGGCUAAAAAGAUUAAUUUCUGAUUUGCAGCAAAAUGAAAAUGGUCCAACCAUUAUUCAUUGUGACAACAUGUCAGCCAUAGCCAUGACAAAGAAUCCAGUAUUUCACGCAAGAUCGAAGCAUAUCGAGUUGCGUCAUCAUUUCAUCCGAGACCUCGUCAAUGAAGGGCUAAUCGUGAUGGAAUUUAUCAACACCGAUGACCAGCCAGCAGAUAUCUUGACAAAGGCGGUCACCCGUGAGAAGUUCGAGAAAUUCAAGCAGGUACUUCAAAUUGCAAAUUAAGAGGGGGUGUUGAUUGGUAAUUUGCAAUUAAAAAAUAUAAUAAUAAAUAAAUAAAAGGUGGAAGGUUCCAAGCUUGGUACAGGAACACUACAUAAUUCAGCCUACCUAAGUUGACAAACUUCACAUGGAGGAGUGCUUUACCAACAGGACAUUGAUAAGAAAAGCCACCUAAUGUAUUUAUACUAGAGACAUGGCAUGCUUGGGAGAUUCUCAAAUAUCAUCAUGUCUCCAAUCCCAUCUGUGAAAGAAGAAAAAGAAGGCAAGAGUUAAUGCAUGGGCCAAUGGAAUUAAAUUUGUGUUUCCAUCUUCCACAAGUGGCAACGUGGGUGGAGGAAAUAGAUGGCCAUUUGUAUUAAUUGUAGUAUUAGUUUCUCUUUCAAUUGCAAUUAUAUAUAUGUAUGAAAUGAUAUGGGAUGGGUAGAGAAGAGAGUGUCAGAGAGACAUAAAAAAAGAAAGAAUGGAGUCUCUGUAUCUAUGUGAGUUGUAAGAACAAGUGCCAAAAAUUAAGGCCUUGUUUGUUUGAGUGUUUAUUAAAUUGAGUGAUUAAACACCAUUGUUUCCUUUGUGUUGAUCCUAAUUUCUACCACAAUUCCGCUAAUCCCCAACAGAUGGAACUGGGAACCACUGUAGUGAAAAAACGGUAAUCAAAGCUUCAGAGGCGCAUACAAAGAUUAGAUCGAGAACGUUUUCUUGGCUUUUACCCUUCAAAAAUGGUAAAGGAACCAGAGUCUCUGAUCUAGCUCCAGUACUACGAAAAUGGACACUAAUUUCGUCCUUCUUCAGUUGCUGUCAAGACAAGAAGAGCUGAAUAAACCAGAAACGUGGUACUGUCCCCCACCAAAAGCUUCAUUCGGCUUGGAGUUAGGUUUGGUGAGCUGUACUACGUGAUAGGGUCUCCCAACGAUGAGACCUUUUCAAAUGUGAAACAGCUUCUGAUGCUGUCUACGUAAUGGCGACUACUGGAGCUUUCUUUUUCCGUUUUCCCAGGCUCAUGUUUUGCCACCGCAGCUGCCUGCUUGCAUUAGAAUUCUCCAUCUCCUGCUUAAAACACAAGCAAAUCUCUUUUUAGAAUUCUUUUCCUACUUUUAUUCAUCGGGUCAAAAACGAGAAUUGUAAAACUGUACCAUACUAGUAAAACUCAUAUACCAAUUUGGACAGGUUUUUCCGGUAGUUCACCGGAGGUUUACCUGGUAAUUUCACAAACAUUGGUAAAAAGUAAAAACAAUAAGAUAGGAUAAAUGCCACAUUUGGUCAUUGAGAUUACUAAAAUCGUGUCAUGUUCAGUCAUUAGAAAAAUUUAAUAUCAAUUUUGGUUACUCGAAUUAUUGAAACAAGUCACAUUUAGUCACUCUCCUGUUAGCCUCCGUCCAACUUCGGUUACUAGAAUUACUGAAACAUGUCACAUUUAGUCACUCGAAUUACUAAAAUAUGACACAUUUAGUCACUCUCCCAUUAGUUUUACGUUGAACUCCAUUAAUGGAGUUGGACAGAAACUAAUGGUAGAAUGACUAAAUUUAACUUGUUUCAAUAAUUCGAGUGACUAAAAUUGAUAUUAAUUUUUUUUCGGUGAUUGAUAUUAAAAUUUUCUAGUGACUAAACAUGACACGAUCUAGUAACUUCAGUGACCAAAUGUGGCAUUUACCCCAAUAAAUAAGAUAGUACAUUAAAUUAAGUGCAUGAUGUAGGAGGAAAUUUUCUUUUGAUAAGGCAACAGACUAAGGCAGUCCCCAAAACAACGAAUAAACAGGUUUCUGACUU